AUGAUUAGAUGGAUAGUGCUAUUUCUGCUUGGCAUUCCAUGUCUACUUUGUCAGACGCCGGAUUUGAUAGCAGAAAAAUCGGUCACCUGCUCCAGUGACUCGAUGAUUGUUCGUUUUCGCUUUCAAAAGCCAUUCGCUGGAAGCAUCUUCACGGAACGAGGAUUUAGCCACGAAAAAUGUCACUGGUCGGGUGCCUCAAAUCUCGAGGUGAACGUGCAAGUGCCGAUUCUGAACACAACCGAGUGCGGAGUGGCUUUCAAUCAGGAAACCGGGGAAUUCGCUGUGAAACUUAUCGUGAGUCCAGUUGAUGGCCUCAUUGUUGAUGGAUUCUCAGCGGUGAAUGUUCGAUGCAUCUAUCUCACUCAAGAUAUCACUCUCACUUUGCCAGCGAAUCAGGACGGUAAACACGCGUUGAGUAUUAGUGGAUCGACUAUUGAAGGAUCGGUGGUGACUGGGACGGGUGGAGCUCCUCUGCUAUCUAUGCAGAUUCUUGAAGGACAUGGAAUCACAGGACAACCAGUUGCCAGAGCGUCAGUCGGUCAACGAAUAACACUUGACAUUUUACUUAAAGAUACUUCAAUCUAUGAUUUUUACGUGCACUCGUGCUUUGCUCACGAUGGAACGGCCAGCCCUGAUGCGAGCAUUCAAAUUAUCGAUACACAUGGCUGUGGUGUGAGACUGUCGAGAGCCGUGGAUGUGCCUGUGCUGACCUCAGCAGCUAUCGAUGGAGGCCAGAAACAUGUAUAUCUGCACAUGUAUGGCUUUCAGUUCACUUCUUCGCAAUUUGUUCAUUUCGAAUGUCAAGUGAAACCGUGUGUUCACUCAUGCAAGAGACAACAAUGCGAGACUCCAACCUCGUCGGUGCCACUGAUCCCGGCAAGACGGAGAAGGGAUGGAUGGCAAGAGAACAGCGUUUCGAGUCUCACCGACGAAAAAGUAGGCGAAGCGAUGGAGAAUCUCCGACUCUCGACCGUUCUACAAAUCGAGCCACAGAGAGCGAAACGAGCCGCACUGGUGUGGUCAAGUGAAGAUGGAUUGGAUGGAUGUCCAUCGAUUCGACUGACUCCUUUGCUAAUAGCAGCUGCCGGUCUCAUCGUUGCUAGUGUCAUCUCGACUCUGGCUUUCAUUCGACUUUUCUCCAAAUCUCGUCUCAAUCGCCAUUCCACGAAAUCU